AAGUGCAUUACAGUGUCGUCAUUUAAUUGAUUAAUUGAGUGAAGUUAGAGUAAAUCCGUCUAUUAAAAGCCGUGUUAGGAGCAGCUUUGUAUGUAAACACAGAUGCAGCCGUCAAAAAACUACCAGCUGUUCCUGACAGAAGCUGCUGCAGCUCUGAAAUAGGUCUGUGUGUCAGCGCAGCACCGUCCGUGUAUUUCCGGGUGGCGUGAGGCUGCUCCGGUACAUCUCAGCCAGCAUCACUUGGUCCUGCCUCCUUCCUCCAUCCAGCCGCAGCAACAGCCACCUGAGGCCGGGACACAAACCAAACACACAGUUAUCGACCGAGACAGAUCAAUAAUUGAUGUCUUAUAGCUGAAAGCCAAAGCGGGGGGCAGCGGGCAGGAGUUAUGGCGGCGUCGCUUCUCUCCGAGACCGACAUCAGGCACCGGUCCAUGGCGGAGGAGGAUCCGAAUGGAAAUGAGCACGGGGCGGCAGCACGCAGCGUUGUGCCUCGCUGGGGACCGCAGCAUGCCGGGGCCCGACAGCUAGCAAGGCUCUACUCUCCCGGUAAGCGGAUCCAGGAGUGGGUGUGCGUUAUUCUGUGCCUCUUUCUUUUUAUCAUCAACUUCUCCUUCCUCCUCCUGCACUUCUCCACCGUUCACAUCUUUAAGAUCAUCCUCGGAAUAGUCCUAGGAAUAGUGACGGCAGACUUUGCAUCGGGGAUGGUGCACUGGGCAGAUACCUGGGGAUCUGUGGACAUCCCUGUUAUUGGCAAGGCAUUUAUCCGUCCUUUCAGGGAGCACCACAUUGACCCAACUGCCAUCACUCGCCACGAUUUCAUUGAAAUCAAUGGCGACAACUGUAUGAUCCCCAUCCUACCACUGGCCUACAUGGCCUACAAGUUCCUCACAUACACACCAGAGGCCUUGGCGGCGUCCUAUCCCUGGGACUGCUACGUCUUCGCCCUGGCCGUUUUUGUAACGUUGACCAAUCAGAUACACAAGUGGAGUCACUCCUACUUCGGCCUGCCACGUUGGGUCACGCUGCUUCAGGACUGGCAUGUGGUGUUGCCACGGAAACAUCACAGAAUCCACCAUGUCUCGCCACAUGAGACGUACUACUGUAUUACCACAGGCUGGUGUAACUAUCCACUGGACCAGCUGGGCUUUUGGAGACGGAUGGAACAACUGAUCCAACGACUGACAGGGCAGAAACCUCGUUCAGAUGACCUGGCAUGGGCCAAGAAGACUGAUAGAUAAACACACAGAUGGACAGAGAGGCAUACUGAGGAGACGCAAACUUAGCAAAGAGAUGGAUAAGGAAAACACACUCUCACAUUCACAUACAUGUUACCUAUGUCUUUAUGCUUCUUGCUUUUUCGCUGGAGGGCAAACAUUCACAGAAACUGUCUUUUGCAAAAAAAAAAUCAAAGAGGGUCUGAGUGAUUACUUUAUGUGCUUCAGUGUGUGCUUUCACAAGCUUUGAAGGCAAAAACAUCAACACUCUGCUGUAACAGCUAAUCAGCUUGUUGUCCUGUUAACCAAUGAGGUGUGGUGGCGUUGUGGUGUGUAGGUGUAGGAGGUUUCUGGAGGUUGGGCUCUCCAGGAGUGACACCACGCUGCCUGUUUCAGGCAGCUUCUUACACCACACAUAUGGACACUCACACAACACACAUAAACAAAACACCACAUAAGUACACAAACGCACACAAGUCUGAAAGUCAAAUAUUUACUUAUCGUCUGCUCUGAUUUCUGGUGUCUUUAACUUUUUUAAAUGUGAGCAUAAUUACUAAUUACUAAGUACCAUCUUGAAACUAUCAUGUCUUUACACACAAGAAGAAGAAGUCUGAUGCUUUAGAUUUAAACAUAUAGACAGUUCAACCUCUCCUCUUUUGUAACCUUGUUUGAGGUUAUCAUCACAAUCUAAACAAUGCAAGAAGACACACCCACGAACAGUAGAUAAAAUACACACACAGAAUUCCAUCAUCUUUUAAAAACCAUUACUGUUCACGUCUCUCAACCGCUGAGUUGCAGAUGCGUACUUGCACAAGUGCAAACAUUCUGUACAAGCAAAACUAUUGAAACCAUGUUGUUCAGUUUAAAUGUAUUUUCAAACAUGACUUUUUUCAUCAUAUGACUCGUUUGACAAA